AACUGUCCCUGUUGAAGUCCUCAGAGCUCCAGCCGGAACUGAGGCACUAGCAGGUGUGUACAGCUGCUCAUGCUUCUGUGCUGCCUGAUUCAUGUCAUACGCAGAAACAAGAGGCUUCCUGAAAUCACUAGUACCAUCUCCGCCUGUCACCUUCCCAAGGUUGGCUGUAGCUGAGACUUCAGAGACUCCAGAGACUUCUUUCAGUACUCACAGAAACCUCCUAGCCUUGGUGAUGGCACAUGGGGACUGUUUACUUGCUCUUAGUCUGAAUGAUUGCCAAGAAGGAAGGCAAAGGUAGAGCGGUCGGAUCUCUGGCUCCCCCCAUACUUCUAAUCUCAGACCUUAUUAAACUCCUUUUUGAGCCAAGGACAAAGCUCACUUGAACAAAUGACUUUGAGUCAUGAAUGAAAACUCUUGCUCUUUCCACAGUGAGAAAGAAUUAAGAGAUGGACAGGUUGAAAGUGUGUGUGCUGCGUAUCCUUCACCAUAUGACAAGGACACCGGUGUUCUUCGGGCUCUCAGAGGAAUUCCUAUCUCAGAGUUGAAGAACCAUGGCAUCCUCCGGGCCCUGACAGCAGAAGCCAACGGAUGGCAGCCAGGUGUUGUGAAUGCGGAGGUGCUCAGAGCCCAAGAAGAAUGGGAAGCUGUGGACAACAUCCAGACAGAGUCAGGGAACCAGGCCAGUGUAGACCAGCCUGGGCAGCUGAUCUCCUUCAGUGAGGCUCUGCAGCAUUUCCAGACUGUGGACCUCUCUUCCUUCAAGAAAAGAAUCCAGCCAACUAUUCGAAGGACGGGGCUCGCUGCCAUCCGGCACUGCCUUUUUGGGCCUCCAAAACUCCACCAGGGCCUCCGAGAAGAAAGGGACUUGGUCCUGACCAUUGCUCAGUGUGGCCUGGAUAGUCAGGACCCAAUGCAUGGCCGAGUCCUCCAGACCAUCUACAAGAAGCUGACUGGCUCCAAGUUUGACUGCGCCCUCCACGGAGACCACUGGGAAGAUCUGGGCUUUCAGGGAGCGAAUCCAGCCACAGACCUGAGAGGAGCAGGCUUCCUUGCCCUCCUACACCUGCUGUACCUGGUGAUGGACUCCAAGACCUUGCUGAUGGCCCAGGAGAUUUUCCGCCUAUCUCGUCACCAUAUCCAGCAGUUCCCCUUCUGUCUGAUGUCCGUGAACAUCACCCGCAUCACAAUCCAGGCCUUAAGGGAGGACAGCCUCUCCAGGGAGUGUAACCGGCAGCAGAAGGUGGUCCCCGUGGUGAACAGCUUCUAUGCCGCCACCUUCCUCCGCCUCGCACAUGUCUGGAGGACGCAACAGAAGACCAUCGCUGACUCUGGCCUUGUCCUCAAAGACUUGGAGGUGUUGGCCAAGAAGAGCCCCAGGCGGCUGCUCAAGACCCUGGAAAUCUACCUGGCUGGAGUGUCAAAGGGACAGGCCUCAUUGUUGGGAGCACCGAAAUGCUAUGGGCCACAAGCCCCUCACUCCAAGGAUCUCACCUUCACAGGCGUGUGUGACCUGCCACCCCAUUCAUCCGAAGGAAGGGCCUAUCUAGGCCUUCCACGGGAGAUGUAAAAUGCUUCACAACCCUACAAAGGUCAGAACCACGGAUCUGGUGCCCCUCCUUCUCGCUCUCCUUUGCGAAUCAUCCCUGGCACAUGCUGUCUCCGUAGGCUGUCGGGUGGACUCCCACACAGCUCCCCAGAGAGAAGACGGGGGGAUACGUAGAGGAGCUGAGCUGAUUUCCCUGUGCUGCUUUGCACGAAAUCAAGAUGAACUUGGUUGGAAUUUGUUGGGGAUGGAAGAAUCAGCCGAUCAGAGCUCAGAAGGCACAUAACCCUUGGGGCCCAGGGGUGGGAGUGGGUCAGGACAGCCACAGCUCAGCCUGACCUCCUGAACUCCAGUUCAGACUUACCCAGCCUUGCUCCUGCCCCCGGAUUGAGCACUCUGGGCUACUCCGUUCUCCCAUCUGGCUCUCUAGCCUGGUUUUCCAGCCACCACCCCGUGAUACAAAAGAAUGGCCUAGACAAGGAAAAGUAGCUUGGCCAGGACGACCCAGAAGCAGGGUAACCCACAAACCAGACUCCGUGAUUCUCCACACUAGCCUGGGGUUUCCCUGGCCCUCCAGUGGCCCUGUUCCCAUCGGCCUAAUGUGAUGUGAUGCGCCCCCGAGGUGACAAACCAGACUUGUGUUCAGCGGCAAUAAGCUAUCCUCCUGGUCAGCAAGCAUGUCGUUCAGGUGCCGCCUCACAGUGGGUUCUCAGGGCAGCUGAGGAAAUCACAGCUCAAACAGAACUGCGUCCCCAGCCUGCUGCCCCAGCCUCGUCCCAGCUGGGGACGUGUGACGGAACUGAACCCCAGUGGCAAGCAGUGCCCAGGCCCGGGGCUGUGCCUCCUCCCCACCAGGCUCCCCAAAGUCCCCACCAGCUAUCUGGAGCUCCGGGCCCCACCGCUUCGAAAGUCUGCCCCAGCCCCUGAGUGGGACGACGGGGGAUUGCCGGGCCCUCCUCUACCCCUGC